GCAAAUGCAGCCAGUGCUCUAGUUUCUCACACAGAUGCUGCCGCUGGGUCAGUGUUAUGCCGUCUAUUAAUAAUAACAGAGUCAAAACAGCCACAGCGAGGACAAGAAGAAGAAGAAGGAAAAUCUCUAUCACCGUGUCUCCUUUUUUCCAUCUGCAGGGAUGAACCCAACAAUGUGACACAACCCCGCGGCAACUUCCGACACAAACGCUUUUUAUCCACCUUUAAAUCCGUGUUUUAUUGCAGGUACCAUUGUCUGGUUCACUUCUCACACUGCUGGCAGACAGUCUCUGGCUCUGCUCGGGGCACUUUAUUGCGGUCAUCCAUCUGCACGAGCGGCUGCGGCUUGUUGGUAAACACGAAUCGGAUCCCGCCGGCAAGGACUCCCUCUGGUGCAUUGAUGCACCCGUUUCAGUGGUGUAACGGGUGCUUCUGUGGUCUGGGACUGGUUUACUCCAACAAGUCGUGCACCAUGCCGCCCAUCACCUUCCAGGACCUGCCGCUCAACAUCUACAUGGUCAUCUUCGGGACAGGCAUCUUUGUCUUCAUCCUGAGCCUCAUCUUCUGCUGUUACUUCAUCAGCAAACUACGACACCAAGCCCAGAGUGAGCGGUUUGGAUACAGAGAGGUGGUGUUAAAAGGAGAUCCAAAAAAGUUGAAUCUUCAUGGGCAGACGUGCGCCGUGUGUCUCGAGGACUUCAAAGUGAAAGACGAGCUGGGAGUGUUGCCAUGCCAACAUGCUUUCCACAGGAAGUGUCUUGUAAAGUGGCUGGAGGUGCGCUGCGUCUGCCCCAUGUGCAACAAACCCAUAGCCGGCCCCCCUGAGCAGCACCACAGCAUAGGGACUCUUCUGGAUGAACUGGUGUAACCUCCUGUCUCCUUCAAGUCUGGACGGGACGCAGGCGCCCACGCCAAACCAGCUGAUAUAAAGUUAGCGACCGACAGGAGGAGAGACACUGUUGUUGCUGUUAAAAUCACAGCAAAGACAUCAACAUGAGAAUAGUAAGUUGGGGUAACCUAGUUACCACCCGGAGAAAGACUCUGAAGGAUGCUGUUGCCUAGCAACCAUCUCCGAGAUGGCAACACGACACCUUGUGGUGUCUGAGAGAUUAUCUCCAGCCACCCACACAUCACUCCACCACUCUUCUUUCAACAUACCCCCCCCUCCACCCGCUCCGUCACAUCACAUCUUCUCUUGUUGCGUCGAGUCAGGUUAAUGGCACCACCGAAGAAGAGUCUCAUUUGUCACAGUGAUGUGGACAAGUGAGUGCUUGAGGAUGACAGCACUGGGUAGGAGGCACUGAUCCCCUCCAAGCAUGUUUGAGUGUCAUAUGUCAUGGUGGUCACUGAUAUGAAAUAAUAUCAAUACUGUCUGAGGUUUUAAAAACUCUUUCAGAUGAGAAGUUUUGACACAAAGCCACACAGGAAAUUUUCUGCUCACCAUCUCUGCCAGUAGCACAGAACAUGAUGACAGGAGUUACACUGCUAACAAUACAGUAAGGUCUUUAUAAAAACAACAGCUAGAACGAGGGUGUGAAGGUCCAGUGUGCAGGAUUUAGGCAGAUAUACUGGCAGAAUUGAGAUAUAUACUGAACACUUUAAAAUCAGUAUUAGUGAGCCCUUCUCCCUCUCCAUGAAAAUACAUCCUCUUGACAGGUGUGGCAUAUCAAGAUGCUGAUUAAAUGCCAUCUUUACUUCACAGGUGUGCCUUGGGAUGGUCACAAUAAAAGGCCAUGUAAUAUAAUAUAAAAGUAUGUUUUCUUUAGUGUAUAAUCACCUGGAAAUAAGUGGCUUCAUUAACUUAAAAUUAGCCUUUUAUAUCUACAUAGGGAGCGGGUUCUCGUGUACGGAAAUGGCCAUGUUGCACCACCAUGUUUCGACAGUAGCCCAGGAAAGACAAACCAAGCACUGCUUUUUCAGUGUUUUUACUGGUUUAAAUCACUGGAUCUGUUGGUUUUAGAGGGGAGGAGACCUCUGUGGAUAAUUCAGCUCUCGGUAAAAACCUCCCAAAUGUCUGGAUCUUAAGUUAUGAGAAAAAAACAGAGCAAACAUUAGCAAACGCUGAGCCAGCGGCUUGUUUCUGACACACCAAACAGCAUCAGAGAAGUUUCAGCUAGUUGCAAUCUGUCGUCCUCACUGCUAGAUUCCACUGUAUCACCCUAAAUCUCACACACUGGACCUUUAAUAAAAUUGUCUGUAGCCAGACAAGAAUAAAUAAUACUGUAACACAGACAUAGAUAGGAUUUAUUAAAACGUCUCUAAAGGAAAUUAAAAACUUGUUUAAGAAGAUUUGUACCUAAGAUUAUAAAUUCAAGUCACUCUGGUUAAAAAAAAUGAUGUGAAAGGUGGAUUCAGGCGUCAUCAGGACCUUAAUUAUUCAUAUAUACUUAGAAGAAGCAGCUGGAACUGUCGUCCACAUGUAGCAAAUUAAUCAGUAUUUCCAUCAAGUCAAAGCGAUUGAUUUUCCUGCUGAUACGUGCAACUGAACCUGAUGUGUCAAAUCCAUAUUGGUGCCCGCCUCUCCCGUGAUACCAUGUAUGUUCUGCGUGUUGUUUUAUUGUUGAGACAUGUUCUUAUUGUGUUAAUAUAGAUGGAAGGAACUGACACCUCCUGCCUUUCACUGUUGGUUCUUUGUUGAAAUAUGUUUUUUUUUUUUUUUAUAUAUAUUGCACUUUAAAUUCACAAAAAACAUGCCUUUGUUCUUCUAAAGCGUUAGACUGAGGUUUGGAUGCAGUGCAGCAGGUCCCUUCGUUUUCAGGUGUGGUGAAUCGUUUAUAAAAGUCUGUGAAGUAUUCGAGAUGCUGCUUCAUCUGAAGAGAAGAGAGGCAGCAGUACAGACGCUCGGUGUUGUUCUGUGAAUUCAUCUGGGAAGCAACUAAAUCUCACUUUCAUACAUUUCUGUGGCAUUAUUGCUGGUGGUUCUAUUUUUACAUUCCUCAAGUGUAGGUUUUUGUGUGUGUGUGUUAUUUACAAUAAUUCAGAAAGCGAAACACUGCCUAAAAUUGAGCACGAAACUCACAAAGCACAUUGUCCCGAAACAGAAGGCACCUGCACUGUAAUUAAAAGCCAAACACUCACAUGUGAGGCUGUUGAAUUCACAAGUCUGCGUGCCAAGAAAAGAAAAGAAAAGAAAAGAAAAUGUCAAAGAGAUUUGUUCACUCUGAUUCUGGCCACAUUCCACAUUUUGUUAUCCAAACAGAUGUAAAUA